AUGUUGUAUCGUUUGUUUUCUGCAGAAUUUGGUGUAAGACGAGUACCAGGUAACGUAAAUCCAAUUUAUUGUUGAUGGGUAUAUUAUAGAGGGUGCCUAUUGCUUGGGUCCUCUGUUUUUCAACCUUUCCUAUUGGAGUAAGUUUGAUCUUCCGCCAGUUUGUUGUCUUAAUCACUUGAGAUCUAUGUAACCAAAUUAACUUGAAAUUGUAUCAGCUUACUACUGCGACAAACGAAAGGUUCAUCUCAUGCAUGAAAUAACUUUGAUUUUAAUUUUGAUCUGUUUUAGCGCGCUUAUUAUCUUCUUUUGGUAUUGCAGUUACAGUAUUUCAAACUUACGCACGCUGACGCAUGAACUAAUUGUAAAUUUGCAUUGUUUGUUUUCUGCAGAGCCAACUAAAAGAGUGCUGAAAGGUAAUGUGAAUUCAAUUUAUUGUUGAUGGGUAUAAUAUGUAGGUUGGCUGCUUUUGGGUUUUCUCUGUUUUUUUAACCUUUCCUGUUGGAGUAAGUUUAAUCUUCCGUUUUGUUGUCUUACUCACUAAAGAUCUAUGUAACCAAAUUAACUUGAAAUUAUAUCAGCUUACUACUGCGACAAGCGAACGAUUUAUCUCAUGCAUCUCAGCUCUUCUCCGCCGCCCUUUGCCCCUUUCCAGACCACUGCUGGGAUCACUUCGCUCGACGGUAUUUUUUCCUAUUUGAUCCCGUUUUUUUGCCUUUUCCCCCAUUCCAGGGCCUGGCCCAAAGCUACGAUAAGUACUUCAUUUAGUACGAAAUAUAACCUAUGUGUAUAACUUGCGUUUCAGUCUGGGUUUUGUGACGCAUUUUAUGGGGAAACGAAAAUUCGUAAUCAAACCGAUAUUUUUUUUUCUGGAACAUUCUAAAUUAAAUAAGCGAGAGUGGACUUCGAAACUCGUGGGGAGGAAGUGGGGGAGGAGUAUCCGCGUCUUUCAGUUUUCGGUUGGUAAAGGAUUCUUUGCUUUCUCUGUUUUGUCAGAAAGACUAUUAGGAACUCAAGAUAGGAAUGAUUCAUUGGAUUUUUAAGGAGAGGAACGUGUAUUUUUCUGACGACCUUGUCUGUUCUCCAUAGCUGAGUUGUUUUCUUUUUUCCUGCGAAAUGUAAAUAAGCAAAGCUGAUCAACAGAGCACCUGUUUGGAUGUCUAGUUGUGAGAGAGAUCCAAACUAGAGUUUUUAACCCCGUUGGAGAAUACUUUUCAAGCAAUGAAUUUUACAGAUUAAAGAAUGUGAGGCUAUGUUUACAUUGUACCGGAUAGCUUUUGCGCCGGCAUGACAACCAUACCGGAUAGGAAUUCUUUUCACACAUAAGAACGGUGUUUUGGGCGCCAUUUCUGUAACGGAGCGAAGCUGCGCCGCGCCGAAACUCCUGUCUCCCUUCUUCAUGGUUCUAGUGUAUAGAGGUAGAAGUAGUUUUUCCCUAAAGUACCGGGUUCAAACGCAUGAGCGUGGUGUGUAGAGCUAGUGAAAAAUAGUUUGCACUGAUGUUAUAUCGUUUGUUUUCUGCAGAAUUUUCUAAAACACUACUACUGGAAGGUAAUGUAAAUUCAAUUUAUUGCCGAUGGGUAUUAAUUAUGAAGGGUGGCUACUGAUGUGGCUCCCUGUUUUGUCAGCCUUUCCAGUUGGGGUAUAUUUAAAUUUCCGUUUUAUUGUCUUAAUUAUAUAUUUAAGAUCUAUGUACCCAAAAUAUUUUGAAAUAGAGUUCUAAAGUGUGACGUCAUAAAAAAAUCAAAUUUCUGAAAUUAUGCGAAUUUGUCAGGAUAUUCUGAAAGAACAACACUCAAGAGGCCUACUUGCCAAAAACUAGCAUCGUUAUGACACGCAGCUCUGUUGUUUCAGGGCUAGGCUGCAAUUUUUCUCUAGUUCGUUUAGUUUUCAACCGAAUUCUAGGCCUGUUAGUUAUGGUGAGCUUCAACACCCGAUUAAAAUACUUUUUCAUAGGCAAGAUUCUUUAUGCGAACAGGUGCAAGAUUAACUUAUGAUUUAAGGAAUUCGUGGCUCGACUACUGGAUCAGUAUCAUUCAGCCAGGGAAAAGAAAACCAAAACAGCUUCUGCAUGCUUCUUUUUGGCACUUUUUAACACUGCUUUAAAGCUGGCUUUUAAAAUUGCAACGAUAUUGGCUUUGAAGAGUUAAGCUGAUAUCUCUUUCUUUUUCAUAGCCCCCUUGGAUAUUCAGGCACGAGGUCCCGCGGCCGUUGAAGCCUACAACAAAGCUCUUUUGGAUGGGAAAGCAUUCAUCAAAAGAGUACCCGUUAUGAUAAUUGGGCAGGAUCGGACAGGGAAGACCAGUCUAAAGAAGUCUCUGAAGGGAGAAAAGUUCAAUCCAAAGGAACAGAGCACUGAAGGAAUAGAGACUGAUCCCGAAUACUUUAAGGUUUCGACGGAAAUUUGGAGAACAGGUGACAGCGACAAAGAAAGUGAACCUUUUUCAGAGGCUUACCUUGAGCAUCAUAUAGCACGGUCGGUAUUUGGAGCAUUAAAGGAUGUCGAGAAGCUACAGGCGAAAGAAGAAACAUCUCAGAAACAACUUGUAAAGGAACCAAGCAAAAGGAAGCCUGAGGCUUCACUUAAGUACUCAGAAGCAAGCGCAGAAAGAUACACUCUUCCGUUUGCAAACGAAGUCCCAGAACGUGUAGCAAAGCUGGUGAAAGACCUUCUGCUAAAUACGAAAAAGAAUGAAGAAAAGGACGAGUUGUUCUCCAUUCUUUGGGACUUUGGUGGACAGUCCGUUUACUAUGCUACCCAUCCAAUCUUCCUGACAGAGAGAGCCAUAUAUAUUUUAACUUGUGAUCUAAGUCGUGAUCCAUACCAGAAAGCUGUCAGUGUUGUGAGAAAAGGGCUGUACAAAAACAAAGAAGACGAUUACUGCAACAAGACAAACCUGGACAAUCUUGACUUUUGGCUUUCAUCAGUUUAUUCUUUGGUUGGCCCACAUGGUGAUGGUCAGAACAUAUCUGUGCCGCUUGCCUCACCCAAAAUGUUACCUCCAGUGUUUUUGGUAUGUACUCAUGCCGAUGAACCCUACUGUAGGAACAGGGAUCCCAGAGAGUUGGCGCUUGACAUCUAUGGAUUUCUCAAAAAGAAGCCUUAUAGAAACCAUUUGUUUAAGGACGUUUUUGUUGUCGACAAUACGAAGUCAGGAAGCGAGACUGACGAGUGUCCUGAGGUAGUGCGCCUCAGGAAAGAAAUAAUUUCUGUUGCCCAAAGUCUUCCACAGAUGCAGGAGGCCGUUCCAUUGAAGUGGUUAAGGUUUGAACAUAUUCUCCAGUCUUUACUUGAAAAGCAGUACAAAUGGAUACCCAUUAAUGAAGCAAAGCGAAUUGCAACUGAUGAGUGUGCGAUCGACGGCGAUGAGCAAUUUCGGACUAUGCUUGAUUUUUUGCAUGAUCAAAAGGUUCUGAUUCAUUUUAAUGAAACACCAGAAUUGAACAACAUGGUGAUCUUAGAUCCCCAAUGGCUCAUUGAUAUCUUCAAGAAGGUAAUCACUGUUAAACGUUAUGAGCCGACAGAAUAUAUUCUUGAACAGUUUUGGCUCAAGCUGCAUGAGACUGGAAUCUUAGAUGAAAGGCUCCUGGUUCAUGAGUGGAAAUCUUUGAUUGAUAUGUACAGUAAAGAAACCUGUGGGACCCUUAUCGCGUUGAUGGAGAGAUUCAGCUUGCUCUGCCCCUGGCCAUCUGACGGAGAACACAAACAGUACCUGGUGCCAUCCAUGUUGAUGUCGCCCCCUUCUGACGACCUCGUUAAGCUCCUUUCCUCUGUGAGAAUCCCUUCACUAUUUGUGAGGUUUGAUUUAGGCCGAGUGCCUCCAGGCCUGUUCACACGGCUAGUUCUCCAGUUUUAUCAGUGGUGCAAAGAAGAGUGGAAGAGCCAGAUACAACCUCAACUGUUUAGGAAUUUUGCUCGGUUCCACAUCCUUCCUGAUCAAGGGAUGUCUGUUAUCAUUAUUUGUCAUUCCUCUUCUAUUGAAAUCGCCCUUCAUGAUGGAGGCAACUUUUGUGGAGCAAUGGUGGAAGAUUUCAUUGAUGAUUAUUCUAAUCUAGCCACCAGUCGUGCAAUUCAUUGGCAACUCAGACUCAUUCUCGAGUGCAUGCGCAGAGAGUUUAGCUGGCUAAAACACAUGAGGUACGAAAUGUGCGUUUGCUGUCCAGUGUGUUCGCAGAAAGAUCCUCUCAGAUGUCGUUCUCAUGAUGUCCGUGGCUGUGAGUGUCUUCACUUGUUGUCUGAAUCCGAACUUCAGCAAUGUCAGUAUUGCAGCCGACCUGGUUUUCGUGGCGAUUACAGAAUUAACAUCAAAAUGUUUGCUCCUUGGUUUUCCCUUACAGGGCCUGAAAGUAGGACUCCAGUGAAUGAGGUUGGUAUCUGUCUUUUGCAAACGUUAUGUACAAAAUACAAUUCACGAGUGUGUUCUCGAAUACUACUAAAACCACUGCAGUUUUUUCAAGAUGUUCAAUAUACAAAAUUAAAGAAUAAGCUCCUUCAGGGAGGAAAGAGUACAUAUAUUAUAUCUUGUCACUUUGACCUUAAUCAUUUGUAGCAAAAGAUAUCAAUAUUUAGACUCAUAAUACAACUUUAUGGUAAUGAGAAAAAUAUAUAUACUAGAAAACAACAACAACAAAAUUCAGGGUUUCCAAACUGUAUAUUCUUAAUUCGUUGAUUAUGUAUUUUUUCUCUAGCAGCAAUGUGAAUCUGGAUGUGACGUGGGAGAACUGAGAAGCUGUAUAACUUACAAAGAAGGCAAGAACUCUUAUAUCAGUUGUAUUUUUUUCAACCUUGAGUUUUUUCUUACCUAUUCUUUCUUUUAAUCCAAUUUAUAAUAGCAGGCACUUGAAGUCUUCUGUUGUAACAUGUUUCUUUAAUUUCUAGAGAAGUCUCUUGCUCUUCCCCAUGAUGUUCUUCAGUGCAUUCAGUCUCAGCAGAGCGACCCCAAGGAAAUUGUAGUUCAAUUUCAAGAGUGUCUGCAGUUAACUCCAGCAGAUCUGGAAAAUCCAGUGCCAAAGACGAAACGAUGGAUGCGGUGCCUAGCUAAUAAAGCUAAAUCUCAAAACAGAAUCGGCGUAAUUGAGUACUUGAGGACUAUAGCACCUGCCGGUACUACAGGUACGUCCACAACAAACUCCAUGUAAAAAUUCGUUGUUUCUUUUUUUACUACGAGGAGAGAUACUUCCUCGUAGUAAGUGAAGUUUUUCUGCAUCUUUCAGGCAAGAACUCGAAAGAACACUUCAAUCUAUUUUCAACAAUAGCCGGCACCUCAUUUUCGCCACCUUUAGACGUUCAAAAAAGUUCAUGUUGGAACUUUGCAGAUGUAGAAGUAUAUACGCAGAUCUGCAUGUACAGUUAUGGUAGUCUGUUUUAUUCACACCAUGUUGUUUGGUAACCAGGUCCCUUAUUGAGCGAGAACCUUGAUGUGCGUUGUAUUCCUUUUAAGAUGAGAAAGGAACUAACAUUUGGUCUUUGUGGUAAGUGUUAUUUUGUUAUGUCCUGCAAGCUUCUCACAUGUGUCUUCAGGUUUAUGUUCUGUCUACGAUGAUAAUAUUUUCCCUUUUUUUCGUAAACUUGACGUGUUUUCUAUAGAGAACUUCAAGAUUAUUUAAAAUUUUGGACCGUUACAAAGAAUGUCACGCAUGACGAAACACGUCAGCAAAGCUUGUAAAGUUGACCCGGAUGAUAGGGUACCCUAACUCUGAAAUUUGCUUGUAAACCAGAGCUAACUUUAACCCGCUUGCUAGGGUAACCCUAGCAAAACGGUAACCCUCUUUCCUUGUAAACAGGCCCUAAAACAGCUGUGGUGGUAGUUUUUCCAAAUCUGUCAGUUAAUGGCGACGUACCGUAAAUGCUCCAAUUAGCGCCUGGGGCGCUUAUUAUAUUUUUUUAAGGCGAGAGGGGGGCGCUUAUUUCGUUUAUCAAUUUUUGGCCUCAAAAUGGCCAUAUUUUUAUUUCGAUAGUUAACCAAAAAGGUAACAUAUAAAAAUUCAAAAAAACGUUACAGAAAAGUACUUUUUGUGAAUCUUGAAACGUUCUCAAAACGUUUUCGAGUUGCCCGUCAAAAUCCGAGGAAAAUGAGAAGCAAACCCGUACGACUUUGAAGAAUAUUAAUUUUGUACCACCGUAAAAUUCCGCAAUUAAGCCCCGGGGCUUAUAUUUUUCAAAGGCCCUUUUUGAGGGGCUUAUAUAAGGAGGGAAAUUUACGUCUGAAAAUCGACUGGACUAGCUUAUAGUUGGAAGGAAAUUUAUGCGACUAAUUUGCAGAAAGUUUUUACCGAAACUCGCCUUGAGGACGUAGAUCUAAGUAAAACUCAGCCACGCAUAUGGAACGACGAAAUCCAAGCCAUAAGUGAACUACGCAAACAGCUGCAGCAAUAUACUAUGACACUUUUUGACUGCAAUCAUUUGGCACACGUAAUAGUUCUAUGGCAAAUGCAAAAAUUUACGUGUUUCUGUACAGUUUUUGCUUUGCUUUAUUUUGAAUUUGAGGGCAAUUUCCAAGUACAAGCCCCCGGAGGCUUAUAUUUGGAGAGGCGAUUUAAAGGAGGGUUUUUGGAGGGGCUUAUUUUCGGAAUUUUACGGUAUUACGAAUGUCACUCCAUUCAUUAAAAGUACCGUAUACGUCUCGUAUAUCGUACCGAGUACUGAACCUCGUUUUUUGUACGGGGAGGGGGGGUGCGGGUACGCUUAUUUGAAGGAGGCGCUUUAUAAGCCUUAGGAGGGGCGCCAAUUCAAUUCGGGCGCUUAUUGGAAGCUGGGAGCUGAUUCGAGCAUUUACGGUAGUUUAUGCUCAAACUUGGGAGCGUUUGAUCUUGAAAAACCCUAUCGAGCCACCUUAAGUCACACUUUCGCUUCCAUCGAAGUCGUGGCUACUUAAGCACUCCUUUAUGCAAGAAUAGCAUCUCUUGUAUCAACAUUAUGUCAUAGUCAUACAAAAUUAUUUGAAUUUUAGUGUUCAACAAGUUUUAAAUUAAAAUCAUGGCUCAAACUUGAAAGAAAAGGCCAGUUGUUUUCAAGGAGGCAUCUGACGUCACACAAAAAUACCAUUCCGUGUUCUAAACAGUAGGUCUUUCCUCACAAGCAAAACUGUUUCUAUAAACUUUCCAAUAAAACAGAAUCUGAAACAUUUAAAUCGCUUUUGUUUGCCAGGUGGAGAAGAAUGGAAACAGCUUGCAGAGAGCUUUGGUAUGUCUUACAACGAAAUCCGCUUUCUUGAUAAGAGAACCACCAACCCGUGCGACGUUGUUCUUGAUCUUAUUGCGAAUCACCGCUAUUUGAUGGUUGGGGAACUUUAUGACAGACUCGUUAUGAGCGGACUUCCAGGAUCAGCUGACUUACUAUAAAUUAUGAUAAGCUCUUUGUUAUUAUUUGUUAUUGUAAGCAGGUAAUGUCUUAAAGAAAGCAAAAAGAUAAAUACAGUGUACCAAUAAGAGUGGGGUACUACCCCAGAUUUCAUUGCUUGGGGGCCUUUAGGCCUUCUAUGAUUUUUCUUAGAGCUCAACCUUACUGCAGUAUUUUGAUGUAGUCAUGGAGCAUUGGUUAUGAAUUUAAUUUGUUUAUUUGGUACUGCCCCCCAUUUAGAGAUGAUCUUUAUACGCAAGGAUACUUAAAGUAUUAACCUGCCAUAAACAUAUUACUGCACUGCAACAGUAUUAAACCGAAUAACUUAAGUUUUAAUUCUAGUCCUACAAAUGUAGCUAGGGCGGG